AUGCCGACCAAAGCGCCCGUAGCCGCCAAACCCUCCAAAUCCAUCUUCGACCCCUUCAACUCGUCAUCAACAGGCCAUCAAAGAGCAGAAAACAAACUCAGCGGCAGCACAUCAUGGCGCGACUCUCGGCAUCUCAAAUUGCGCGAACAGUUCACCGCUGGAACGGGAGGAGGCAAGAGGGUCAGUGAUACUGUCGGUGCGGGUAGCUUGGACUUUGGACGAGAUGGAAGGACGGAAAAUGGCGGGUGGGAGGCUGGCGCAAAGGGACUGAGGACUGGUGGACAGCAGUCGCUGGAGACGAGCUGGCCAUCCCCAUCCGAGUACCUAUCGCCAAUAGACCCAAUUGAUCCCACACCCAAGGCGACACAUACGGAAUCCACCCCAUCACAAACCCAACCCGAUGAAAAGCAAGACCUCCCACCCGCACCUCAAAUCUUCACCAAUCUCUGCUUCUACAUCAACGGCUCCACAGCGCCUUACUCCGACCACGCCCUCAAACACCUCAUCAGCAAGCACGGCGGCAACAUGUCCAUCGCCCUCGGCCGCCGUACAGUCACACACGUCAUCGUCGGCAAACCUACGCGCGAAGGCGGCGGGUGCGGGGGAGGACUGGCGAGCAGUAAAGUGCAAAAGGAGAUUGGGAGUAUGCGAGGAAAGGGCAUCAAGUUCAUUUCGGCGGAGUGGAUUAUGGAGAGCGCGAAGGCGGGAAAGCGGUUGCCGGAGUCGAGGUUUGAGGGGAUGAGGUUGGCGCCGAGUGGGGUGAAGAGUAUCUCGGCGUUGUUCGGGAAGAAGAGUUGA